UGUAUUUAAAAAUGACAGAAUUAGGAACACAAAUUAAUAGUGACAGAAGAUUACUGCAAUUUGGAAAUUAUGAAGAAUAUUUGGACUCCCUAAUUACAUUCGUUGAUCUUGGUUAUUUGGGAAAUCUUAACAUUGCACGUGAAUUAGCUGAGCUUGGCUAUCGUUCUACAGGGGAAACAUUGAGCAGAGAAGCAUUUUAUAAACGUUUGAAAGCUGUAAAAGAUCUACUGUUUCCAAUCUACAGACCAUAUGUAUUAACAUCAGAAUUAAUAACACCUGCUAAUUCAGUAAUGCAAGAACUUGCACUUCGGGAGCAUUUAAACAGAUUAAAAAUCAUAUCUACCAUUAUAUUUAUAAGGAAUUUUACAAGGCUUCAAUUUGAAAUUUCUGGGUACAUUGACUAUUGUGAAAGACUUGAGAAGGAAGAUUGGCUACCAUAUUUCGAAGGAAAGAAAAUAAUAUGGCCACGUGCAAAUGAUCUAGCAUAUUAUCAUUGGAGAACAGGGAAAACGUGUUUAAAUGAAACAUCUAAUUAUCAACCAAUAAUAGACCCAAAACAUGGCCUUCAAUUCAAACACUGUGUUGAUAGACAUUUGAUUAAUGUAGACCCAGGAGCACCUUCCCCAGGUGUAUAUACAACCCGUGUGAGAGCACAUUGUAAAGAAUAUAAGCAUGUAAUAUUGUAUGAUCAUAUCAUUCGAAGUAAAAGUUAAAUAAAUGGUAGAAAUUCAUAAAUAUAAAUAUAUUCAUA